UAGAGUGUGAUACAGAGUGUCAUGCAGCUCAAGCCACUGCUGCUACUGCUCAUUUCCUCUGCGUAUGUUGUGGUUGACACGCAAUGAGAGCUCCUGCUGGUGACAAUACACACAGAGGUUUACGCAUCACAGUCAGUGAAAGAUGGACUUUAUCAAACUGGUGUUCAUCAGAAAACACAGCCUUCCUUUGGAUCACUGAUGUUAUUUCAAAUGCUACAAUAUCACCUUCCAGACUGAGGUGAUGUUCUUUGACCAGCAUCGCCCUUGUUGAGCCGAUGACACAAUGCCUACUAAUUCCACCAGUGGAAAUAUGUGUUCAGAUGCAGGUUUCACAGGUUGGCCCCUGGACCCACUUACCUACAUCCUCAUAGGGGCUCUGUCCUUCAUCAUCCUGGCAUUCACACUGCUGGGGGUCUUGUGUCUCAGAAAGUAUCGUUCUUUGGUCCAGACCAUUCGAGGGCUGCAGAGGAGCAAGUUGUUGCUGUAUGCUGUUCCUCGGCUGGAAGCUCCCAUCAUGCCUGUGAGGCCGGUCCCAGCAGUGGGGGAGGAGGAGGAGGAGCCUCCUCCCCAAACUCCCCUUCAGCAGAGGAGCACAGUCAGGUCCUCCAAGAGGCUGUGGAAAGGCCUGCAGCAGGGUCCUCGUUUUACCAAGUCAGACCUGAACCUGCUGCAACUGAUCAAAGCAGGGAAGGAGGCCGUCUUCUACCAGGCCAGGAUGACCAGAGGGACAUGUAAAGGCCACAACACGUUCACCUGCAAGAUCAGCAAGGAAGGUGUCCGUCCCAAGCAUGUGGACUCGGAGGUUUCCAUCAUGAGGAAACUGGUGCACCACAAGAACAUCCUCCAGUUACUGGACUGGAACACCACUGAGGAGCCUUACAUUCUGAUCAUGGAGUAUGUGAGCUAUGGCACUUUAAGGGCCUUCCUGCAGACCAACAGAGUCCACCUGAGUGCAGACCCUGAGCUGCAGAGCCUCCUCACCAUCGCCUCCUACCACAUUGCUCUGGCCAUGCAGCACCUGCGCUCCAAAAUGAUUGUGCACUGUGACUUGGCUCUGAGGAACGUCAUGGUCAAUAAGUUUCCCUGGGAGGUGAAGGUGGCGGAGUUCGGCCUGGCCCGAGACUUAACGCGCAUGACGAGCCGUCGCAGCAGCCGUUGGAGAAACCCACGGCAGCGUGUUCCGCUGCGCUGGUACCCACCCGAGUACUUCAAAAACAACUAUUACAGCUUCAAGGGAGACGUGUGGGCGUUUGGCAUCGUGCUGUGGGAGAUGCAGACAUUUGGUACACUGCCAUACCCAAACCUGGAGACAUCAGAGGCGGUGGUGUACCACAUCUGUAUUGGUCAUAAGAACACAAACCCUGAAGGCUGCAGACCAGAGAUACUUCAUAUCAUGCAAGACUGUUGGCUGGAGCCGUACACUCUGAGACCCUCAUUCACAGACAUUAUCCGCAUGCUGGAGAACAUCAUUGAAAACGAUGCGGAUUAUGUGGAUGUUGAGAGUCCGCAGCUUUUGGUGAAAGAUGAGCCUGAAUAUCAUGAAGCUAAAUCUACGAGUCCACGAGCAGCCAGCGUCGCCUUGGAAGAUAAUAAUCCCAUCUAAAUAAAUUUAGUAAGGCAUCAGAUUAAGCAGUUUUCUGAACAGUUGUGUGUAUUUAAAACAAUAUAGCAACUGUAAGAUGAUCACACAUAAACAACCCAACAGAGAGCAAAAAUAAAUACAACUGGAAAGUAGUGUGAUGUCACAUGGAUGGUAAAAAGGACGUAAUUAUAUGUCCUUGUUUGGCACUGUAAAAAAUGAGUCAUGUUCUAUGUUUCUACUUUAACUUUGGUUUUCUUUAUUGUUUAUCCAUCCUGUUUUUGAUAACUCAAUUAAAACAUACAUUUUAUAUGUGA